AUGAUCCGAAAAGCCUCAUCAUCAAGAAAUAAUAAUUAUUUUCAUCUGUCCAAAGAUAACACAUCAUUAAAAUCUGCUCAGGGUGAUGAUGAAUGUAUCACUGAAAACAAUUCAUUACAACAAGAGAUUCAAUCACUCACAAGAGUAUUGAAUGCGUGGAAGUUCCCAAACGGUCCUCUUUAUCAAAAAACUGAGUCCACUAUAGUGUUCGGAACACAACCAUCAAAUCCUUCAUCACUUAUCUCAAACCAUUACAAGGCCAAACUCCAGACAAAUCCACAAAAUGGACCUUUGCCGAUCAAUAUGUAUGAAGAUUUCCGCCUUCAAUUAGAAAAAAAGAAUAGUUGGAAUAGCAUGACAUCUGGCAGAUGGAAGCUGACAUCCAAACAGUACGAAGAAAACAAAAAGUGGAGUCCUCGUAUUCGAGAAUUCGUUGCAGACUACAGAUCUCAUUGGGGACUGAAUUCUUUGACUAAUGAGUUCACAGAUCAUGUCUAUUAUGAACCUAAUUGGAACGUUCUUGCCAAAUGCCCAAGCAAUGAAAAAGAUUAUGAAACAUCGUUGACCAUCAAUCCAUUGACUGGAAAACGAAAACAAUUAGGAGUAUAUGUUGUCAUGACAGAUUUUUCAAAAAACAAAGUUCACAGGGAAGGUGAAUUUGAUCGUGGUAUACGAAUUGAUUUAUAUGGAGCUAUUAUUAAUUGGAAAGAUAAUGUUUUCAAACACUUUCCACACCCUUUCAUCAUUUUUCAUUAUGGAAAAUUAUUGGAAGCAGUGAAACAAUUUGUUGAAAUGGAAUUGGCACCGCUUAACAUGACAGUAACAUUUGUUGAAAUUUCAACACAGACAUUUUUGAAAAGAAACACUGACGGAAAACCAUGGAGAAAUGCAGAUAUUAACUACAAACAUUUUUGGGGAAUGAACAAGUUUUAUACUCAUGACCUCUUUGCUCAUCCACUGAUGAAAGGUUUCGAAUAUUAUAUGAGAUUUGAUGAUGAUUUUCGAUUGAUGGAACCUUUCAAAUACGAUAUUUUCAAAUUUAUGGAAGAAAACAAUUUACAAGUUGGUUAUUCAUGCUUGGGAAUGCCAGAUCAUGCAAGUGGUUUUUGGUCCGGUCAUUUACAUGAAAGAAUUUGGUCCUAUUUUUUAAGACAAGGAGUUUUACCGUUGGAGGAAAUGAAAACUGCCGGAAAAUGGGGACAAGCUGACACUAUUCAUG